CAGCACGUUUUACGGCAGUUUCAGCACGUGUGUAUUUGUUGUUGAAAUAUUUAUGUUUACAUCUUACUCUUAGUUAUUUGUUAUAGUAAAUCAAAAAUGCAGAGUGACGAUGUUAUAUGGAGUAUAAUAAAUAAUUCUUUCUGUUCACAUAAAGUAAAAACAAAAACACAGACUUUUUGUCGAAAUGAAUACAAUUUAACAGGGUUAUGUAGUCGUAGAGCUUGUCCAUUAGCUAACAGUCAGUAUGCAACAGUUAGAGAAGAGAAAGGUAUUUGUUAUUUAUAUGUCAAAACAGUAGAACGAGCAGCUUUUCCUAGCAGAAUGUGGGAAAAAAUUAAAUUAUCAAGAAAUUAUGAAAAAGCUCUUAAACAGAUCAGUGAUGAAUUAAUAUAUUGGCAAAGAUAUAUCAUCCACAAAUGUAAACAAAGAUUCACUAAAAUAAUUCAAUAUUUGAAUAGAAUACGAAGAUUGACAUUAAAACGACAGAAAAAGAUUGUACCAUUAAAUCGUAAAAUUGAGCGUAGAGAAACCCGACGAGAACAAAAAGCUUUAGUAGCGGCUGAUUUAUCUAAUAAUAUAGAGAAAGAAUUGUUAGAAAGAUUAAAGAAAGGAACGUAUGGUGAUAUUUAUAAUUUCCCUACUCAUGCUUUUGAUAAUGUGAUGAAAGAAGAAGAAAUGGAAGAGAGUGAGAAUGAAGAAACAGAAGAUGGAGAUAGAGAGAUAGAAGAAGAGGAAGAUGAGGAGUCUGAGAGAGAAGUAGAGUAUGUAGCAGAAGAAGAUUUUGAAGAGAGUGAUGUAUCAGAUGUAGAAGAUAUGGGAGAUGACAGUUCAGAAGAGAGUUCAUCAUCUGAAGAUGAACAACCCAAGAAGAAAACACCAGCUAAAAGACGUAGACCACAGAUAGAAAUUGAAUAUGAACAGGAAUUAGAUCAGCCUUCUACGUCUAAAGUGAAAGCAACAUGAAAAGAUAAUAACAAAUAUUAAAAAGUAUUUCAAUCAACUCAACAGCAAAAGAUCCACAUCAAAGCACAAAAUAAGACUGUUUGCGAGAUUUUGUGACGAAGAAAUAUUAUAUUUUUGUUUGUAAGGUGAACAUUUGGCUGUAUUGUUAUUUAAUGUUGGGUUUGAGGAAAUAAUAUUUCAUCAUGUGAUUUAAAUUAUUGAUAAAUACAUCAAUAACCUAUCAUUGCAUUAAUUACUUACGUAACAGUACAUUAGAAUGACUUCCUAUGAUGUAGGAAUUAAUUCAGAUCUUAUUAUAAAGAUCAGUAGCUGAAUCAACAUUCAAGAAUUUGCACUUCAUAGUUAGUAUUUUGAAGUCCCAUGCAGAUCAGGGUUGUUGAUGAAUUCGGUGAAAAUUUAGUUUGACAGAAUUUAUUUCAUCUAUAUGUAUUCGGAUAAUAUUUGCUGAAAUGUAUUUGCAGUGUUGACCACUUGUAGGGAAUUGUUUCAGCAGUACUCUCAGAAUGCAUGUCAUUUGGACUUCAAGAUUGAAGGUAUUCAUAUAUUAAAUUUCAUGACAAAGUUUGAUAAGAAAUAUAAUUACCAUAGGCUGAAUUUAAAACAAAUUUGAAUUCACUUCAAUCAGAUUCACACUGUGGGUUUAGAGGCAAUUACUCAUUACAUAACUAACUAAUCUAUUUGAUUCUUGUCUUGCUUGUUCUUGUCAUCAUAAAUAUAUAUAUAUAUAUAUUGUGGAUAACUAUGAAAAUACACUUUUAAGAAUAGAAUCGACUGUGUAAACUCUUGUCUAUUGUUAAAUCUUAAUGGACAACUAGACCCCUUAUUGUUUAAGAUAAAAAUUAAUAUUUAAAAAAAAGCAGCAUUUUCCCAACUGAAUGUUGAGAUACUAUAUAAAUACAUGUAUUAUUAUAUUAAAUUAAAAAUGAUGAAAAUACAUGUAAAUAUUAUUAUAAUUGAAAAAACUGCAGUUUGCUUUCCAUGGUUCUGUUAUUGUGUAAAUACUGUACAUGUACAUCUAAAAAACAACAUGUAAAUAUUAUUAUAGAAAUGUUAAUAUUAAAAUAUGAAAUACAAAAUUGAAAUAAUUGUUGCCUUAUAUAGAUAUAUUAAGUAGGAAAGUUCAAACAACAUUCUAAAGUC